UUUAGUUGUGAUUUGUGAAGGCUUAAACGCCGUCGCUAUAAAGCGACAAGACUGACCGUCCAAACGACGUCGUUUAAAUUUGCCUUGUUGCCCAAGAGAAGAGAAACAGAUCGCAGAGCAAAAGCGAAGGAAAGGAAGAAGAAGAGGAGCAAGGAGAAGGAAAAUGGCUCGAUACGACCGUGCGAUCACCGUGUUUUCACCGGACGGCCACCUAUUCCAGGUGGAGUACGCCCUGGAAGCCGUCCGUAAGGGCAACGCCGCCGUCGGCGUCCGCGGCACCGACACCAUCGUCCUCGGCGUCGAAAAGAAGUCCACCGCUAAGCUCCAGGACUCUCGAACGGUCCGGAAGAUUGUUAACCUGGAUGAUCACAUUGCAUUGGCCUGUGCUGGGCUAAAAGCAGAUGCACGUGUGUUGAUAAAUAGAGCACGUAUUGAAUGUCAGAGCCAUAGGCUUACAGUCGAGGAUCCUGUCACUGUUGAAUAUAUUACUCGGUACAUUGCUGGUCUUCAGCAGAAGUACACCCAGAGCGGCGGUGUAAGACCAUUUGGCCUUUCAACUUUGAUUAUUGGCUUUGACCCCUACACAGGUGUUCCAUCACUUUAUCAGACAGACCCAUCGGGAACAUUUUCAGCAUGGAAAGCCAAUGCAACCGGGAGAAACUCAAAUUCAAUGCGGGAGUUCUUGGAAAAAAAUUAUAAAGAAACUUCUGGACAAGAAACUGUGAAAUUAGCAAUUCGGGCUUUGCUUGAAGUUGUUGAGAGUGGGGGAAAAAACAUAGAGAUUGCCGUGAUGACGAAAGAGCAUGGAUUGCGGCAACUUGAAGAAGCUGAGAUUGAUGCCAUUGUUGCUGAGAUCGAAGCAGAGAAAGCAGCAGCUGAGGCUGCUAAGAAGCCCUCCCAAAGAAACCUAGUUCAGGCAUCAAUCAUACUCCACCAUGCUCUUACCAUUGUUGUUCAGACAUCCUCCUACUUCAUCAAGCAGCAUCUGAGUUUAGCCAGAAAACGUCUUGUCCCAAUGGUGAUUGAUCAUCCCGGGUAUUUCUGAACAUUUUGGAUUGAUAUUCGUACUUAGCACUUUGUAUGCUUUAUCUAUUACGCAUCAACGUAUCACAAACUGUUGGAUUGAAUCGAAAAUUCUCAGCAGAGAGCCAUCAAAAUUAGGGUUUCAGAAAA